AUGAAUUCCCAAACAAGGCAAAACAUCACAGUAUUAACAAUAAUCGUUGUUUCUGUGAUCGGUGGAUCCUUUUUGUAUUUGAGUUCUACGGAAAAGCAUUUCGGUAACAACUAUUAGAUCAUCUUAUUUAGAAAGUAGCGACUGCGUUUUAUUAAGAACAUAUUCACAUUAUUAUGGGAUAUUUUGUUUCACCAUAGCAGCUUUGUUAAUGUUAGUUCCCAUUUAUUAUUAUAGAUUAUUCUUAUUUGCCUCAGUUGCAUUGAAAGAUAAAAGCUGUAUGACUGGAGUUGAUCAAAUUUAACUUCUUUCUGGAAUUAUUGGAAUUAUUUUUACCUUUUUAAUUGCUGUACUUUAUCUAAUUUUUUUUAGUACGCACUUUACCUUGAUGAACCAUGUGGAAACUUGAGAAAAUUCACAAUCUUAUAUUUUAUAUUGGCAAUGAUACUAUAUUGUUUAUAAUGCUUUGGAAUGUGUACUGGAUUAGGAAUAUUAGAAAAAUGA